ACGACAACCAACGACUUGCAUUUCAUUGAAACUAAAGUGUAGGAAAAGUACAUGUGAUAAAAUUUUGUGUGUAGUUUUUUGUCUUUCGUGUCAGUUAUUUAAAGCCAACAAUUAUUCAUCGUUGUUUUUAAUGGUAAUAUUUAAAAGAAGAGACAUGUUUUCUACAUUAUUUGAUGAUUGCGAAACAUCACAUUCCAAUUAUAUUUGGCUUGUCAACAACAGCAACAACACCAACGUGGCGUAUAAACAUCAAAUUGUUUGGUCCUUCGAUUCAGUGUCAAUUUUCAAAUCACUAUAGCCUAUUGCUAGCGCUUCUUCGGCGGCAUGAAAUGCCAAGAUUAUAUUAAUACAACUGUAAAUGAAUCAAGUAUUCACGGUUGCCCGUACUUGGUGAAACACGCAUUGCAUUGGUUGGAGAAGAUUUUCUGGGGUGUAACCAUUAUAGCAGCAGCCUAUUGGUCCUUCAAUAUUUGCUACAGUCAAUGGGAACGUUUUCGCGAUAAUCCUAUCAUUUUAGCCACAGAGUUAACGUGGGGUAAACUCAAUUAUCCUUUUGUUGGCAUAACAUUGUGUUUCAAUUACACUGAUGAGGAGGCUAUUGCACACGUUAUCAAGGACACCUGGGCCGUUACACCAGAAGAUCGAGAUUCAUAUCAGUAUUAUUUCGAAUUUUUAAAAACCAUUAAUCACCUUACCGUUGCUAAAUUAUCAACUCUAGAACCUUACAGAAAUGAUGAUAAAUUGAAAAACUUGGAUUUUGUGCAAAUUUUGUUGCAGUUGAAAGGUAAAGGUCUGCCUAAGAGAGAGACAAAAACUGUAGAAAAGAAAACAGAUAAAAACGCACAAGGCGGUAAUUCAGAGUAUGGCGAGCCAGAUUUUAGAGCUGCCAUUACAGAGCUUGGUAUGUGUCAAACAACUUCGCAAACGGCGCGCUAUACAAAUCCAUACAAAGGAGCGGAUAACAUACAACUUCCUGCAAAAUCUGAAUGCAACCCUAUGAGUGAAUGCAAUUCAAAAAUUUUCAAUAGAGUGGGCGGCAACGCUAGCAUGAAUGUAUAUAUGCAUAGUAAUUUUGAUAUUAUCACUCCUGGAGAUCGCGACACCAUUUUAAGUGGAGGCACAGACAAUGGAGCACUAACGGUUGAAUUGAUGUUAGGUAUAACCACAGCAGAAGCUGAAGUGCAUAAAUUACCGAUAGCUUAUCGAAAAUGCCGUUAUAUAAAUGAAAAUAAGUUACAUUACUCUCAGUCUUAUAGCCCCGGCCUUUGUCGUACGGAAUGCCGGAUUCGUGCAGCCUUAGCAAAAUGCGGUUGCAAGCCAUACUUCUACGCGAUCGGACCCAAAAAGAGCAUUUGCGAUAUUAAAGGUAUGCUAUGUUUGGAGAAAGCUCAGUGGCCCGAAUCGGCUCACUGCAACUGUCUACCUCUAUGUGAGGAGAUACGAUAUGUAGUUUCACAGGCACAAGCGGUAACCAAAUCAACCGAAAAAUUUGAAAGCACUAUUAUCGUUAAAGUGCUUUUGCCGCGAAUGGGUCUUAAACGACGUGUAGUGUUUAGUGCUGAUCAAUUGAUUGUUUCGUUUGGCGGCGCUGUUGGCCUAUUUUUAGGUGCCAGUUUUAUAAGUGUUUAUGGUUUAGUAUUCACCUUUAGCCAAUUUAUUUUUUCAAAUACCUUAUCAUUAUUUAAAAAAUACUUUAACAAGAACAAACAUAGUAACGUGAUAAAAGUGAGGGAAUAUUGAAAAAAAAAAAAAAAUCGAU